CUUGUAUACCAAUACCCAAGUAGCCGUUGUAUACCUGAAACUGAGUGUUUGACGCCUCGCUGCUUGUCAGUUGACGGUGCGCUGCAAACGCCAAGCCUUUGUAUGUACUUGCUCCACCCCAACGUCAUCCCGCUCUCCUGAUCGAUGCUCAAGCACUGCAACACUGUCUCUGUUCCUUUGGACCUUUUGCCGGUUUCUGGGUGUGAUAGAGAAGAGUUCCAAAUGUUAGGAUAGAAUGGAGAGCCUAGAUGAGCUGAGCCGGGCAGCCGCCAACCACAGCGCCGAGACCAUUGCUCAUGACUCCCCAGCAUCACAUUCAACACAGUCAGAGUCUCUCAAGACCUCCUUCUCAGACCCCUCAUUAUCACGAACGAACUCUCAAUCAGCAGUGUCGGGUACCGGCCUACCACUCCCCAAGUCCCUCUCGCUAGACAGUACGUCAACUCCCAGGGAUGAUGGGACCGACCAAUCAGGCAAGGAUUCAGAGGCGUUCUUCCCCCAGCUGUCUUAUAAUCCGCCGCCCUCUGCUGAAGGGAAAUUUCCGGAAGUAUCUACAUGCGGAGACGAAGAACCGUUGGCACCGUCAUUCGAACGAACAAGCUCGCCAGUAACCUCAACUCAGAAAAGUAAAGGAUCCUUCUACGAAAAAGUUGGCGAAGACGGUGUAGUGCGCAUGCACAAAUUCACUCUCUAUGAAACAUCCACGCGAUAUUACUUGGUAGGAAUUGACCAGCUCGAUACCCGCUAUCGGAUCCUCAAGAUCGACCGUACGUCAGGAUCGGAUGACUUGAGUCUUGCCGAGGAUGAUAUCGUCUACACGAAACAAGAAAUGAACCUACUCCUUGAAACCAUCGAAGAUGGGAACAAGAGCUCAGGUGGUCUGAAGCUCAAAUGUAGUGCGUGGGCAUUACUAGGCUUUAUUCGGUUCACAGGAGCUUACUACAUGUUGCUGGUCACAAAGCGAAGCUCCGUGGCCAAUAUUGGUGGUCAUUUUCUCUAUCAAGUCGAUGGAACAGAGUUGGUUCCUCUUACCACAUCGCCUUCGUCUCGUAUCAGACCUGAUAAAAACCCAGAGGAAGCUCGUUACAUAGGUAUAUUGAAUAACCUUGAUCUAUCCCGAUCCUUCUAUUUCAGCAACUCGUACGAUAUCACACGUACAUUACAACACAACAUUUGCCGUGAACGUCAGCACUUCCGGGAAGAUUAUUCCAGCUUACCUGUCCAUGAUCACAAUUCAAUGUUUGUAUGGAACCAUCACCUACUAAGCCCUGUUGUCGCCAAUUUGAAAAAACCUUACGACUGGUGUCUUCCUAUCAUUCAUGGUUAUGUUGACCAGUCUGUGCUGUCAGUUUACGGCCGGUCGGUCUAUAUCACGAUUAUCGCGCGUCGCUCGAGAUUCUUUGCGGGUGCACGAUUUCUCAAACGGGGAUCGAACGACCUUGGUUAUGUUGCUAACGAUGUGGAAACCGAGCAGAUCGUUUCCGAGAUGACAACAACAUCUUUCCAUUCACCGGGUCCAAGGCUGUAUGCGAAUCCACGAUAUACGUCAUAUGUGCAACACCGUGGAAGCAUUCCCUUAUACUGGACUCAAGACAGCACUGGUGUGAGCCCGAAGCCUGACAUCGAACUAAAUCUCAUCGAUCCAUUCUACUCAGCGGCUGCAUUGCAUUUUGAUAACCUUUUUGAGAGAUACGGGGCCCCUGUGUACGUCCUCAAUUUGAUAAAGGCGAGGGAGCGAACACCCCGGGAAUCAAAAUUACUUAGGGAAUAUGGCAAUGCUAUAGAUUACCUCAACCAGUUCUUGCCAACUAAUAAGAAGAUCAUAUACAGAGCAUGGGACAUGAGUCGAGCCUCCAAGAGUCGUGAUCAAAACGUAAUCGAAACACUGGAAGAUAUUGCCUCUCAGGCUUUGCCUAUCAAUGGGUUCUUUAGAAACGGUGAGGAUCCAGAAUCGGGUUUGCAACUUCAGAGCGGAAUAGUAAGGACAAACUGUAUUGAUUGUUUGGAUCGGACAAAUGCUGCUCAGUUCGUAAUCGCCAAAAGGGCAUUGGGCUACCAACUACAUGCACUUGGAGUAAUUGAAGAAACGCAAAUAGAAUACGAUACAGAUGCCGUCAAUAUGUUUACCAACAUGUGGCAUGAUCAUGGUGAUACGAUUGCUAUUCAGUAUGGUGGCUCACACCUUGUCAACACCAUGGCAACUUAUCGAAAGACGAACCAAUGGACUAGCCAGUCGAGAGACAUGGUGGAGAGUUUCAAACGAUAUUACAAUAAUUCUUUCUUAGAUGCUCAGCGCCAAGAGGCAUAUAAUCUUUUUCUUGGCAAUUACACAUUUUCUCACGGACAACCAAUGCUUUGGGAUCUCGCGACAGACUACUAUUUACACCACGCGGAUCCACGAACAUGGUCAAAUAUCAAAAGGCCAAAUUACAUCACUUGGUACACCCCCGAGAAUCUAAAAGACAGAGAUGUACUCGUUUGCUGUCCUCCUCCAACAACAAUUAAAGACAAACCUAUCACAUAUUACGACGACUACUGGCUGGAGUACUACCGUCCUCUAUCUUUAACAUCCUUUGGAAAGAUUUAUCCGUUGAGACUGAACUCGACCCUAAAGUACCUUCCUUUCCGAUCCACGCAAGGUGGGCGUUAUGAUUUGAGUCCUUUCGUUGUCAGAACUCUCCAGCAUGAAGUAGCCAGUCGAGAGCGUACAGCAUCUCUGCAAAAUCAACGGAAAGGUGUUAAGAUACAAGAACCAGACGUCAAAAAUAAUCAAUCAGACGGCACUUAUCGGGGCGCCGAUGUCAUGGAACCCAUUCACACCUGGCAACGUCAACCACCAUCAGCAGAAAAACGACCUCCGUCAGCCGGAAUCAUGAAAGAUACGGUAAAUCCCACUGGAUCAAGCAACAAGCCUAUGGUGCCAUUACUUUCGGAAUCUCUAGCAGGCAGCUCCAGCACAGGGGUAAUGCCGAGCAAGGCACAAAUCGCGCAAUGGACUCUUGACCAAUUAGUAAAGGGCUCACUUAAUCCUUCGGUAACGUCUAAUGAAGCCGAAGAGUACGAGCGCUACAUCAACCACCCUCUCAAAGUUCCGCUAGUAGUGACGUCUGAUGAUGAUUUGGAAACAGCAUCUUCCCUACGUGAACGAGGUGCCAACCUAGAGCUGCUUGAAUAUGUUAAUAAAGCCUGUGGCGUUAGUGCUGGCGAUAUGCGAGACACGUUCAUCGCGGAGGAGGACUUGACUGAUUAUGCAGAGUUCCUCAAAGUGAAUGAAGAGGGUUUGACAGUUGUGGCCGAAGAUCAUGAUAAGAAGAGAUAUAAAAGAUAUCGGCAAUGGUUGAAAGGAAAGAGUCUAUUCAAGCAAAGGGUUGAAUUUUGAUCUAUCAGUUUCCUUGGUGGAAUUUCCCAGAAUAUUGAGUGGCCUAUUCCCUAUAUAAUAAAUAUGUGCGACGCUAGAUCGCGCAGCAUGGCACCGCUUUAUGCUCAGCCUGGCU